CUCUCUCUCUCUCUACUGACCUAACCCUAACCCAAACCAUACUAAUUAGCUCCUAAAACUAAAGCCCCCAAACAUAAAAACUUCAACUUCCCAAUUGCAACCCUCUCUCUCUCUCUCUUCAUAUAACUCAACAGCAAAAAUAGAAGUAUCACACAUGAGAGCUGUGGGGAAAGGGAUGGUUGAUUCAGCUCAAAUCUUGGUGAAUCUCAAUUUCCUCUCAACUAAAAUCUAGCUAAUAACAAAUUCCAAUUCCAAUUCCCCUUCAUUUUCUCGAAGCUUCUAAUUAAUUACUAGAUUAUAAGUGAUGGAUCAGCUAGCUCACGGCCGCCCUCUCCCGCCUCCCUUCCACGCCGGAGAUCUCCAGCUCCACCACCACCAGUUCCAGCACCACCACGACGACGAGCAGAGCGGCAACAGCCGCCCAAUCAAGCGAGACCGCGACGAGAGCUACGGCCUCCAAACCCCCACAUCGGAGGAGAAGGAAUUCGCCGCCGCCGGAGGAGGCGGCGGCAGCGGCGGCGACGGCGAGGUGACGCGGCGGCCGCGGGGGAGGCCGGCGGGCUCGAAGAACAAGCCGAAGCCGCCGAUCAUCAUCACCCGCGACAGCGCCAACGCCCUCCGGUCCCACAUGAUGGAGGUCGCCGGCGGCUGCGACAUCCAGGAGAGCGUCUCCGCCUUCGCGACAAGGCGGCAGCGCGGCGUCUGCAUCCUCAACGGCAACGGCACCGUCACCAACGUCACCCUCCGGCAGCCCUCCGCCCCCGGCGCCGUCGUCACGCUCCACGGCCGCUUCGAGAUCCUCUCCCUCUCCGGCUCCUUCCUCCCCCCGCCGGCGCCGCCCGCCGCCUCCUCCCUCACCAUCUACAUCUCCGGCGGCCAGGGCCAGGUCCUCGGCGGCACCGUCGUCGGCCCCCUCAUGGCCGCCGGCCCCGUCGUCAUCAUGGCCGCCUCCUUCGGGAAUGCGGCCUACGAGCGGCUGCCCCUCGAGGAGGAGGAGGCCGUGCCGGGCAGCGGGCAGAUGGAGGCCGGGCAGCAGAUGAUGAGUGAUCAGAACCCUAAUUUGUUUCAAGGAAUGCAGCAGAAUAUGAUGAAUUCGUUGCCGGCUGAAGCUUAUUGGGGCAACUCUCGCCCUCCAUUUUGAUUGUUUUCUCAAAAACAAUAAAAAAAAGGAAACCCUAAUUUUCAGUAGCUCUUAAAUCUACUUUUGUGAUUUCAACUAAGAGUAGCAUCUUCUUCUUGUUUUCUAGUAUCUUUUUUUAAAUAUGGUGUUGGUGAUCUGGAUAAUUAAUUUUUAUUAGCUUUGCGGUUUGAUUGGAGAGGGGAAUGUACAAAUUCAUGAAUUGUUUGGGGUUUUUCAUUCAUAAAAAAUACUACCAGCCUUUUCUUUCUUUAA